AUGCCCCCUGCGUCUCCCACGGGGCCCUCGGCAGCAGCCCCCAAUGCCACGACAGCAACGUGGGCCAACGGCAGCGCGCCCGAGGUGCCCCUGUUCCAUCUGUUCGCCCUGUUGGACAAGGAGCUGCACGCAGACUUCCCCGGGCUGUGGCUGGCACUGAUGGUGGUGCACGGUGCCAUCUUCCUGGCGGGGCUGGUGCUCAACGGACUGGCUCUGUACGUCUUCAGCUGUCGCACCAGGGCGCGGACGCCAUCCGUCACCUACACCGUCAACCUGGUGGUGACCGACCUGUUGGUGGGCCUGUCGCUGCCCACGCGCUACGCCAUCUUCUACGGCGCCCCAGGCUGCCUGCGCUGCAGCUUCCCGCACGUGCUGGGCUACUUCCUCAACAUGCACUGCUCCAUCCUCUUCCUCACAUGCAUCUGCGUGGACCGCUACCUGGCCAUCGUGCAGCCCGAGGGCGCUCGCCGCUGGCGCCAGCCGGCCUGCGCCAGGGCCGUGUGCGCCGGCGUGUGGCUGGCGGCGGGCGUCGUGACGCUGUCCGUGCUGGGCGUGGCGGCAGGCGGCCGGCCGUGCUGCCGCAUCUUCGCGCUCACCGUGCUCGAGUUCCUGCUGCCGCUGGGGAUCCUCAGCGUCUUCACCGGCCGCAUCGUGUGCGCGCUCUCGCGGCCCGGCCUGCCGCGCCAGGGCCGCCAGCGCCGCGUGCGGGCCAUGCAGCUGCUGCUCACCGUGUUGGUCAUCUUCCUCGUCUGCUUCACGCCCUUCCACGCCCGCCAGGUCACCGUGGCACUAUGGCCCGGCGUGCCACACAGCACCAGCCUCGUGGUCUACCACGUGGCCGUGACACUCAGCAGCCUCAACAGCUGCCUGGACCCCAUCGUCUACUGCUUCGUCACCAGCGGCUUCCAGGCCGCCGUGCGCGGCCUUUUCCGCCAGCCCGGCGCCGAGGGCGAGCCGGGCAGUGGCGACGUGGUCAGCUUGUACAACAGCCCCAAGUGCUCAGGCCACCAGCGCGUGCUCAGCGCCGGCCCCCGUGCGCUCCCGCCGCCGGCACCGGCUAACGGACCUCAGCCAUAG